AUGGAUUUAGUGAAUCAUUUGAACGACAAGCUACUCUUUGCCAUUCCAAAGAAAGGUAGAUUAUAUGAGAAGAGUGUUUCUAUCUUAAAGGGCUCUGAUAUCAAGUUCCACCGGUCAGCAAGAUUGGAUAUUGCAAUUUCCACAAAUAUGCCUGUUGCAUUGAUUUUCUUACCAGCUGCCGACAUUCCAAUGUUUGUUGGAGAAGGUAGAUGUGACCUGGGUAUUACGGGAGUGGAUCAAGUCAGAGAAAGUGAAGUUGAUGUUAAUUUACCUAUUGAUUUACAGUUUGGGACUUGUAAGCUUCAGGUCCAGGUCCCUGUUGCCGGAGAGUAUACUUCACCAGAACAAUUAAUUGGUAAGACAAUCGUUUCCAGUUUUGUGAAUUUGACUAAAAAAUACUUCGCACAAUUGGAAGGUGUGCCUGAAUCCGAAAUGGUCACUAGGGUCAAAUACGUUGGUGGAUCCGUGGAAGCAUCUUGUGCUUUAGGUGUUGCUGACGCUAUCGUAGAUUUAGUCGAAUCUGGAGAAACCAUGCGCGCUGCUGGGUUGACCGCUAUUGCAACUGUAUUGGAUACAAGUGCACAUCUAAUCGAAUCCAAAAAUCCAAAGGGAGAUGUUGAACUUCUCAGAACUAUAAAAUCAAGAAUAGAAGGUGUCAUGACUGCUCAAAAGUACGUCAGUUGUAGUUAUAACGCUCCUGAGAACAAAUUACCUGAACUUUUAAAAAUUACUCCAGGAAGGAGAGCACCAACCAUCUCUCAAAUCAACGACAGUGGAUGGGUAGCGGUUUCAUCCAUGAUCGAAAGGAAAAACAAAGGUGAUAUUAUGGAUGACUUGAAAAAAAACGGUGCAGAAGAUAUCAUGGUAUUCGAAAUUUCUAACUGUCGUGUCUAA